AUGGUGAAAUUCUUCAGCACAUCGUACGCCUACGACUACAACUUCAGCGAAACCGCCCUGGCCUACUUCCUCCGCUACCCCAACCCUUACUCUCGUCAUGUCGCAUCCACCGACACCAUCGAUCGCCACUAUGACCCCAUCACCCAACGCCUGACAACCGUGCGUCUACACGUCAAGCGCUCACGCCUCCCGCCCGCCGUCUUGAAACUCUUGCCCAAAAGUAGUCUGUCGAAUGCCAGUGAGGACGGAAGCACUCAAUCCUUCAUCCUGGAAAAGAGUGUGGUGGACGUGCGACAAGGAUGGAUGGAGACUGAUAGUCGGAAUCUGGACUGGAACAAUGUUUUGAGUGUGAUUGAACGACAUCGAUAUUCACGGCCGGAAGGUGCUACGAUUACCGCGACGGGAGACGGGAGGACCGAUGUGGACAUCAGUGUUACGUUGAAGAGCAGGAUUGGAGAGCAGAUUCGGAAGAGACGCCAGAGGUGGGGACAGCAAGCUACUGCAACUUCUGUGAUUGGAGCUGGUGGGGAGGAUGAGCAGCCUGUGAAGCAGGGUUUCCUCUCUUCCUGGACUUCCGGCGCGGUGAGGAGUGCCAUUGAGACGAUCAGUUUGCAGCGGACGGAGAAAAGUCAGCCGAAGGCCAUGAAGGGCAUGUCGGUGGUGUUGGAGAGGCUGAGGACCGGCGGACUGGAGGCUGUAUUGGAAGGGAUGAGGGCUGAUCGCGAGGUGGUGGUUUAG